AUGCGUCUGAAACGUUUCUUGCUACGUUAUUACCCUCCAGGGAUUAUCUUGGAAUAUGAACAAAAUUGCCAAUUGCGAACGAAAUGCAUCGAUCUACUAGAUUUAAAACCAGAGACCGAUAUCGAUGAUUUAUUAGAAGAUGUUGCAAAUAAAGAACCUCUAAUAACUCCGUCCAAGUAUGAACAAGUUAGGAGACUAAUUGCAAAAUUACAAUAUAAACUCGCUAACAAAGAUACAAAGAAAUUCUAUUUAUUUAAGGUCCUCAGGGCACACAUUCUACCUCUUACGAAUGUCGCUUUCAAUAAGCCGGGAACUAGUUUCAUUACUGGAAGCUAUGAUCGCACUUGUAAAAUAUGGGAUACAUCAUCAGGGGAAGAGCUUUACACAUUAGAAGGCCAUAGGAACGUUGUCUACGCAGUUGCUUUCAAUAAUCCAUACGGCGACAAAAUUGCCACGGGAUCUUUUGAUAAAACGUGCAAGCUUUGGAAUGCAAAUACUGGAAAAUGUUAUCAUACAUUUAAAGGACAUACAGCCGAAAUCGUUUGCCUUUCCUUCAAUCCUCCGAGCACUAUAAUUGCCACGGGUAGUAUGGACACUACUGCUAAAUUGUGGGAUUUGCAAAGCGGAACAGAAGUCGCUACAUUAUCUGGUCACACUGCAGAAAUAAUUUCACUAGCAUUUAAUUCAACUGGCAAUAAGCUGGUUACUGGAUCAUUUGAUCAUACUGUUAGCAUAUGGGAUUCGGAAACUGGUAGACGAAUACAUACACUGAUAGGUCAUCAUAGUGAAAUAUCCAGUACCCAAUUUAAUUAUGAUUCAUCGCUCAUUAUAACUGGAUCAAUGGAUAAAACAUGUAAAUUAUGGGACGUCAACAGCGGAAAGUGUAUUCAUACAUUCAGUGGCCAUGAAGACGAAGUUUUAGAUGUUAGCUUCAAUUUUACUGGACAUAAAUUUGCAACAGCCUCAGCUGAUGGAACGUGUAGGGUUUAUGACGCUUAUAAUCAUAAUUGUAUUACUAAAUUGAUCGGCCAUGAAGGCGAAAUUUCUAAAGUAUGUUUUAAUCCGCAAGGCAAUAAAAUAUUAACAGCAAGUAGCGACAAAACAGCUAGAUUAUGGGAUCCAGAAACUGGCAAUUGUCUGCAGAUCUUGGAAGGACAUAGUGAUGAAAUUUUUAGCUGUACAUUCAACUACGAAGGAAAUAUGAUUAUUACAGGGAGUAAGGAUAACACGUGCAGAAUCUGGAGUUAA